UACACCAGCGCUGCUGUGUUUGCUGACAACAACACCGCUCCUCCCUCCUCCACAAACACCACACCCACACACCACACUUCAGGACGAUGCCCCUGUUCGGCAAGAAGAAGGAGAAGGGUGGCCUCUCUGACAAGGAGAAGCACAAGCGAUACCAGGACAACUUGUGGGAGGCGGAGAACAGCCCCGGCAAGCAGGUUGACUUGUCCAACUGUGGAUUGAAGGCGCUGAGCGGCCAGGCCGUUGCAGCCAUCAAGCUCAACAAGGAGGCCCUUCUGUUGCACAACAACACUUUGAGCGCACUCCCGGCCAGCCUCGGCGCCGCAACAUACCUGCGCGUGCUCGAUCUGCACAACAACCACAUCAAAGAGCUCCCGUCAGAUCUCAGACACCUCGUUCACCUUCAGGUUCUCAACUUGGAGAACAAUGCGCUCCGUGAGUUCCCUUCGUGCUGCCUGGGCAUGGUGCGACUGGAGACACUCAAUCUCGCCCGCAACAAGCUCAAGGCGCUUCCAGACGAAAUCGGACAGGCCGGGCAGAUGAUUCGCCUGCGAACGCUGAGUCUCGAACACAACGCCAUCACCCAUCUUCCGACCGCCAUGCACCGCUUGCGAGUCCUUGACACACUCAGCUUGGCAGGCAACCCGCUCAAGUUCCCCGAGGUUGACACGACCAAGGCCACCACCACAGAUGUGAUGAAGGCGCUGUGUGCACACGCCGGCGCUGAAUACGUCCCGCCAUCGCAGCACGUGCUCGACAUCUUGAACAAACAAGCUGCGGAGAGCGAGAGGUCGAAUGUUGACGAUCUUCUUGAGCAGCGGCGACGCGAACAGGAACACAUCGAGCGCCUCCUCACCUCACAGGACAAACGCGAGGAGGACCGUGCACACGAGCAGGCCGAGUUGCGGCGGCGACAGGCCGAGGAAGACGCGCGACGUGACGCAAUCUUGAAGAUAAAUCAACAGCAGAAGCGCGCGCUGGCUGAAGAAAUUGCACAACGCGAAAACGAGGACGCCACACGCAUGGUGGAGCUGCAGGAACAGGCGCGCAGGGAGCGAUUGGCGCUGCUGGAGAAGCUCUCAACUGAGGACAGCGAGCUGGACGAGCUGGCGCGGCGGGCGAUUGAGGAAUGGCACCGCAAGCGCAACGACCCGGCACUCCGCCAGCAGAUGCUCGAGGCCGAAGACGACAUCAACGAGCGCUUCAUCGCGGUAUCGUUGGCCAAGCAGGCGUCGCGGGAGGCGGCGAUUGCGGCGCUGCACGAGCACGACGAACAGCAGAUCAAGAUUGCCAGAGAUGCUGAUUUGGAGAUGGAGCAAGCGAAAACAUUGGCCCUGGAGCAGUUGCGUCACCACCAGGCGAAGCUCGACAGCGCAAUGCACCAGUUUGUGCGCGAUGUGGAGGAAACACGUCACGCUCAAGGCGACGCAUUGAAGGAGGAAGAACGGCAACGCUAUCUUCUCCUGACGGGUGCUGCGCAGGAGACGGAUGCGCGGCGGCAGGCGCGACUGGCGGAGAUUGAGGACCUCAACAGGAAGCUCGAGAGCUUGGCCCUCCACAACGACGCAGUCAAGUUCGAGAAGCAGGAGCGGCGUGUGCAGGAGCUGGCGGUACAGCGGGAGGAAAUGGAGAAGCGACUGCAGAUUCUGAAAAAGCAGGAAGCGGAGAAGGAAGCAGAGCAGAUGCACACGCUGUUGGAAUUGGAGGACGCAGACCGAAGAAACUACAGGGCGUACUGGGAGGCAAAGCUCAAAUACGCCAUGGAGCACCUUGGCAAAGACCCUGUCCCGUGCGAUCCUGUUGUGAAGUCGCUACUGUCCUCCAUCGGCCUUCUCCAUCUCGCCCCAAAGUUUGCGGAGAGUCACGUGGACGCCGUCGUUCUGCGCAUCCUGACAGACGAGGAUUUGGCGUCCAUGGGUAUCAAGGCGCUCGGUGAUCGCAAGAAGAUCCUGCACGCCGCCUCUGAUCUCUUCAAGCAGCAAUGACGGCAGUAGUCUUUCAUCUGUGUGCGUGUGUGUGUGUGCGCUGAAAUGCGUCGUAACUGGUGGCCAAGCACGCGGUCUGCGGAUUGCUUCCUUCUUUCGUUUUUUUUUUUUGUUUCCUUCUGCCCUUGCGUGCGUGAUGCUUGACAUUGUAUGUUGACCAGCCAACGAUAAACAACGCGAUUCCAGCCGUUUUCCGC